GACAGAGCGGCAGGCGGUUCGGUCGGAAAAGGCGAAAGUCUCGCGAUAAAUUCCUGCUUGAAUGUUCCCCAUCCUCCCUUCACCGGCUGACAGCGGCAAUUUGUGUGGAAGCCCCGGUCUUGGCUCUCCGGCUUGCCUCCGUCCCGGUCCCCUCAUGGGGUGGUUCGGCUGGGUGGCGCUUCCUCCUCCUCCUCUCCCUCGAACUACCGCCAUUUAAGAAAGCAACGCAGUAAACGGAAGAGGUAGUGGGGCGGCUCUCUCCUCAUCCCCCUGCGGUCCGCGCUGGCUGGCGAGGAAUGAACUGCGGGCACCACCGAAAUGAGUUGCACAAUUGAGAAGGCUCUAGCUGAUGCAAAAGCACUAGUGGAGAGACUGAGAGAACAUGACAAUGCAGCAGAGGCUUUGAUUGAACAAACUACAGCUCUUAAUAAACGAGUAGAAGCAAUGAAGCAGUACCAGGAAGAAAUUCAAGAACUUAAUGAAGUAGCAAGACAUAGGCCCCGCUCUUCCCUGGUACUGGGUAUUCAGCAGGAAAACAGGCAGAUCAGAGAACUACAGCAAGAAAAUAAAGAAUUACGUACAUCUCUCGAAGAACAUCAGUCUGCCUUGGAACUAAUAAUGAGCAAAUACAGAGAGCAGAUGUUUAGACUGCUUAUGGCCAGCAAAAAGGAUGACCCAGGUAUAAUAAUGAAAUUAAAGGAGCAGCAUUCUAAGGAGUUACAAGUACAUGUGGACCAAAUCACAGAAAUGGCUGCAGUCAUGCGAAAGGCUAUUGACAUUGAUGAGCAGCAAGGUUGCAAAGAACAAGAACGUAUUUUUCAGCUUGAGGAAAACAAAGGGCUGAGAGAAAUCCUGCAAAUAACCAGGGAAUCAUUUCUAAAUCUCAAAGAUGAUGCAUCAGAAAGUACAUCUCUGUCUGCUUUGGUAACAAACAGUGACCUGAGUCUGAGAAAAAGUUGAAGAGUCUAUGGUGACUUCUGUAACUAAUGCACACUGAAAAUCAGGAUCCACUUGAUACGCAAUUGUUUUCUAACAUGGCAUUGACAAUAUAAUGCAUCCUAAGUCAGAUGAGUUUGAUACUUUUAUACAAUGUACAAUAUAUUAAAAUGAUUUAUUUAUAAUUGUCAUUAGUGUCCAGUGUUAGUUAAUUUCCAUAGAUAUAAUUUCUGCAGGAGACUGUCUCACACUGUUAGUGAAAAUUUUUAUAUGAAGCCGUGUGGAACAACUCACUCCAAGUAAAUGAAACUGAUAAAACAGAUGGACAUUUAAAUUGUACCCUAAAAAAAGAGUAACCUCUGACCAUUACAUAUACCACUCAGUUAACACUAGAUAUAGUCAGCUCUGGUAAAAGCAAGGUGAAGCUGAGCUUGUCUGUGAGAACAGUUAAAACUAUUAGUAGAUAUAUCUGUCUAUUCCCAUAAAUAUUGAUAAUCUCAAUGAUAUUAGGGCAAUAUAAGUCAGCUAAUAGCGAUUAAUUAAAUUUUCUGCACAUUCAGUGUGUUUCUCAUGUUGACUGCUUUUUAGAGGAAACAGUGUUAGGCGCUUGCAAUAGCCAUUUAUACGCGCCUUUACAUUCCUGUCAAAUAACAAAAGAUAUUGUAUAUCAGCCAGUUAGUUUAAAAUAUAAGGCUUGUUUUCAGCCUUAAAUGAACCAAAAUAUCCAACCACAAACUUACAGUACUUGUAAACAAGCAUGGAACUGAAUUAGCCCGAAGUUCUCAGUAUGCUGUCUUGUGACUUGAAUGCCACAUGCAUUUUUAAAAUGAAAGAACUGCUUACAGAUUUUUGGCAGAAUAAUUUUGCAGAUAAAGAAUAAUUUUAUUCUCUUACUUCUGUAACAUGAACCACUUCAUUCCCCUCCAUUGUAAAAUACAACACUGAAGCUUGGAUAACACUGGAAUCUUCUGUGUGAGUUGUGGGUUUUAUACCUUUCAUAGUGUGGAACCUUGUAACAGUUGAGGAUUUUUAAAAUAGCAGGGAAGUUGCACUUCCUAUGGGGUGUGGUAGCAAUCCCUUCCCUUUUGCCUUCCACUCAGACACAGGACACAUUGGAGCCAAGCCUGAACAUAAAGAGGUCUUUCAUGCUGAUAACGGUUAAGAAAUGACACUUUAAAAAACAAAAUCUGAGCAUUUGUUUUUGUAUAUAAGGAUAGCCUACCUAACAAGAAAUGCUGAGAGAUAACUCUGGCAGAAUUAAUAAAUCUGCCUCAGCAUACUGUUUUCUACAGUCUUUGCUAACUAUAACCAAUGUUUUUGGUAGAGAUUUUAUUCCUAGCUGAAAAGUUCUAUAUCUUUUACUAAAAUGUUAAGGGUACAGAAGUUGGAAAAGCUGCUCUUUUGAUGAUAACUCCAGACAGAUAAACCCAGAGGCCCAGUGAAUGGGUGGAUUCUGGGAGUUGUAAAUUUUCCAGGCUGUAGGGGCUGGCUGGAUAGCUCAGUGAGCUAGCUGGAUAGCUGCAGAGACAGACAUUGGGAGUUGGAUUCCCCACUGUGUGUCCCAGGAGAACUGCUGGCCUGGGUGGUCAUGGACAAGCUGCAAAGUCCCAAAGAAAACCCCCUCCCCCCAAAGAGAAUGGUAAACCACUUUUAAGUACCUUCUACUUUUGAAAAUCCUGGAAAGGGUUGCUGUAAAUCAGCAUUGACUUGAAGGUAGUUAAAUUUAAUUAAAAGGGAGCACAGUAUCAAUUCUUGCACAACUGGGUGAAGGAAUUAUAAUUGGAUAACUCCUGUAGAUCAUUUAGGUGAUUGAUUUAGAACUAAAUCUAGUUAGAUUGUUUCAGACUGCCUCAGAUCUUGACAGACUUCAGUUCUUCUCAUACCUGACUAUUAGUCAUUUUGACUAGAGACGAUGCGAGCAGUAGUUCUAGAUUAUCUGAAACACUAAUGGUGGGAAAAUAUGGUUUAGAAACUUGCAGGGAAAAAAACUGUUGUAUAUUUGCUAUAUAUUCCAUCUUGCCUCCAAAGCAUUCAAGGAGAUAUAAAUGGCAUGGCCCACAUUUUUAUCUUCAUUACCCUGAGUGUCUAAAUGGCUGAAAGUGGCCACCUUUAUAGGGACGUGAACUAGGGGUGUCCCCAGUCCUAGUUCAGCACAAUGCUGAUUUCUUAACUUGGUGUCCAAUUUUGUUAACAAAGUUAUCCAUGCUUCAUUGAUACCAUGAGUUCCCUCCCACAUGUUAAUUAAUCCAUACACGCUGCAAGUAUGCUCACGCAGUGACACCUUCAUCUGAAGCAUAAACAUGAAUACCAAAUUAAGUAAAUAGCCAGAUGUUUGGUCUUCAUCAUUUCUUCUGGCUAACCCUCACUGUCAAUAUGAUAUUGUAUUAAUUUUGCUUGCAUUAAUUCAUCUGGUAGUUAUUCCAACAUUCCUUCCUAUAGAAGUGUAGUUAUCUGGGAGCCAUGACAUGGCAACUUAAGAGGAUAAAGAAGUCCAUCUGGUUUGUUAAAGUAUGUUCAAAAUGGCUGGCCAAUUUAUCUGAUUUUUCAAAAUAAAAAGAAAUUAAAAGAAAUAUUGCUCUGCACACUCAUGUGUAGCUUUCAAAGUUGACAAAAAUGAAAUUUCUUGGAGCUUUACUUAUAUCCUUUGUAAAUUACAAAGUAUUUUUGUACAUAGUUUAUCAAAAUUAUUUUCUUUAUAUGUGGAGUGUAUAGUAACUAUUCCUCUGGCAUUUUAUACCAUACUAUUAAAAUGCAGAGUCUUUCCCCAAAGUUUUAUUUUGUAAAUGUGGAAUUAUUCAAGAUUGUAGAGUUGGAUGUAUUUGUUAAUUCACCAAUAAUUCUUUACAGAUAACUGCUUGACUAGUGAUACAUAAUUGUUAAUUACUGUAACUGUCUAGUAGAAACUGUUAGUUGUAAGGGUUUUGUUUUAUUUUGCCUAAAAAUGUAUAACUAAGAUUUUGAAGAAGAAAAAACUGUGUGAUGUGAUAGUUUUCUAUACGUAUUUCAUUAUUUUUGUAAUGCAGAAGCUUGAAAUGACCUUAUGAGUAAGAUUGCAUCCUGUACAGUAAACAUAUUUUCAUUGGUAAA